GCGCCCGGCCAAUGCCGGCGCCGGGCGGAGCUGCCCCGCUCGCAGCGGCUCCGCGGCCCCGCGGAGCUCCGCUCGCCGCCACCGCCGCCGCCACCGAGCGCGCAGCUCCCGCCGCCGCCGCCGCGCACCAUGCGGCGCGCCGCGCCCCGGCCGCGGGCAUGACUCGGCCGCAGCGCCCCGAGCUGCGCCGCGGGCUCCGCGCGGAGCCAGAAGAUGAAGCCCAUAGUCCAAAGAAGACGAUCUACACCUUCUGCCAUUACUAAAGCUCUCAGCAAGUCAAAGUACCAUUCCAGGGAAACUACCCUCUCCUCUUCCCAUUCAGACAAUGGGCUGCCAAGUUGGAUGUUCAGCAGCCCAGGCUCCACUUUCAUCCUGGAUGAGCGAGUACAGCUAACUGUGGGCUUACAGACCCAGGAGAGACAUUUGAUCUUGUUCAGUGACAUGCUGAUCAUCGCCAAAUCCAGGUCUUCUGCCAGCCUGAAGCUGAAAAAGCAGGUACAUCUGAGUGAAGUGUGGACCGGCACCUGUCUCAGCGAAGUGACGGAGAAAAAGAUGAGUCCUGAGAAUUCGUUUGUCAUCGGCUGGCCUAUCAUCAACUAUGUUGUCACCUUCAGCUCAGCUGACGUGAAGGAACGAUGGCUGUCUGCAUUACUAUGGCAUAUCAGUGAGAUAAAACAGAAUGAAUAUCUGAAGAAUCUAACCCUUCAAAUCUUUGUGCUGGAUGCUGAUAACUGUUCUUCUACCACUGCAGUCAAUGUGUCCAAUGUGGAAACUGCAGAGAGUGUGAUGAGGAAGACGCUUCUACAGAUUGGACUUCCUGGCAGGACAAAUGACCAUCAUCUCUGGGUGAUCUCAGGAAAAGAUGAGCCUGCUUACCCUCUCAUUGGGCACGAGCAUCCUUUCAGCAUCGCAUUGUACUGUCUCCGAGAUUCUGUUGACCAGCAACAAGGAACCAACAAUAACACCCUGCUGGCUGAUGGGUCAGAAACCUCCUUCCUUGAGCAGCUUCCAAAAGAAAAACAGUGUCAGUUUGUCCUGAAACCCAGGCUCCAAGUUCCAUUGCAGCUGAAGAGAGAGUCACUGCAGAAACACACCAAGAGGAAGAAGUCCUUGAUUGACUGGGCCCUGCGCCGUAGCACCAGCACACCCACAGACAGCCCUCCUUCACAGUCGCCUACCACCCCACGGAAGCUCUUUGGCCUGUCUCUAUCCUCUGUCUGUCCUGAUGGGAUCCUUCCCAAGCCAAUCAUGGAUAUGCUGCUCCUGCUGUACCAUGAAGGUCCCUCCACUAGGGGCAUUUUCAGACGCUCUGCCAAUGCCAAGACUUGCAAGGAAUUGAAAGAGAAGCUGAACUCUGGAGGUGAUGUCCAGGUGGACGGAGAGUCAGUCUUUGUGGCUGCAGCUGUCAUCACGGAUUUUCUCCGAAAUAUACCUGACAGUGUUCUAUCCUCAGACAUGCACGGACUGUGGAUGGAAGCUGUGGAUACAGAAAAUCGGGCACAUAAAAUUGAAGCUAUCAAAAGCCUAGUCAAUCAGCUCCCAGACGCCAACCUCAUCUUACUCAGGCACCUCUUUGGAGUUCUUCAUCACAUUGAGCAGAAUUCGGGUGUGAAUCAGAUGAAUGCCUUUAACCUGGCUCUUUGUAUAGCACCCAAUAUGCUGUGGCUACCUAGUCCCACUGGGCCUGAGGAGGAGAGCAGGUCUACAAAGAAGGUAGCUAUGUUAGUGCAGUUUCUGAUUGAAAACUCAGCAGAGAUUUUUGGAGGUGACAUUGCUUCAUUGUUUCAAAGAUCAGAUAAAAAGAAGUCCAAAAACUCUGAGGAAUCUCUGGGCAUAGGCUUGGCUCAGAAUGAUGAUUCCUCCGAUGAGCUGGAAUUUUCUGCUUGUGACCCAGAAAGACCAAAGCAUUGCCUGGUACCUGAAACAGAUGCCAUUUUUGAACAAUCUAGCAGCUUGUUACUCGAUGAGGAGCAAGAAGACUGGGACUUGUUCAGUGAGAUCACAGCCUGCUACCAAAGCAAAGCCCAGAAUAACACCAGUGCGGAUAGCUAUGACCUCCUAGAAGAGGAGGGCUCCUUCUGCUCCAUUGGCUCAAUACGCUCACUCAGCCCAGCCAGGGACCGGUGCUCAUCAGAGCCCAGUGUCUGCCUUAGCUCCCAGCUUCCUGCUCAGAGCCAUGAGCCCGUGGCUCGCCAGUCUAGCUGUGAUGCGACCAUCAUGCACAGCCAUACAGACUACAUCCACAGGCUCAAGCAACUACAGGUGGAGAGCCAGAAGUUGAUUGACGAAGGCCUAAGCGCUGGGGGUAAUAAGGUCAGGCAGAAUUUGUGGCAGUCACCUCAGACCAGCUCUAGGGUGAAGAAAUCCAGCCUAUCCAACAGGUCCAGCUUCUCUAGUCUGUCCUCCACCACCACAUCCCCAUCUGCCUCCUCACUUAGCUCCUUAGACAGUGCUUUCUCCUACUGCUCAGAGUCAUCAGCUGUUAGUCCUACAGAUGUCUCCUCCCUGCCAUUCAUGUUUGGCACGUCUGCCAGACUUCAUGCUGUGUCUCCCAAGAUUGCCAAGAGGUCCCCAAAAGAGUGGCACAAGUCUUUCACCUCUCCUGUGCCUUUACAUCUGUGUGACCUGGACAGUUUCCAUGAGUAUGAAUCCAAGACUGUAGACAGCAGCCAUUUUGGGGGGGAGAGGAAAAGUUCUGCAUCUGUCAGCAGAGCUGCAGUGGGAAGCCCACUAACCAACACUGACUGGGAAAAGGAGGAGAGACAGCUGAGUUGUGCAGGGGGCUCUGGUCCAGUGCUCAGAAGCCAGGAUUGUGCCAAGGAGCUAAAACAAAAUCCCGAGCCCUCAACUGGCAGCCCAACCAGUGAGAAAUUCCCACCGAUCAGCCAACAGCAGCACAGGGAGAAGGCGGUGAAGCACAUUGAAAUCAAAAGCGUUGAUGACUGCCCUCCAAGUCAGGAAAGCCUGAAGCGCACCAAGAUAACUUUUUACAUGGCUCCAAAUAAAGAAAGCUGUCAGGGGUCUCCAGUGGAAGAGGAAGAGGAGUGUUCCAAGGCAAACACCAGCAGCAGCGACUCAUCCAGUAGCAACAAUGAGCAAAGCCUGUCUAAGAGCUUGCAGACUGUGAGAGUCCAUAUCCCCCAGACAGUUUUCUAUGGGCAGAAUACCCCCCUUGUCCUGCAGUCCACCUCCAGGCGACACCACCAUGAACCAACAAUCCUGUCCUUACAGGCAGAGCACAAAGAGAGUCCCCGAAGUGCCUCCACUCCCAGUGAGCUGGAGAGCAAGCCAGUGGAAGUGGUGCAGGCACCAGCCCAGAGUAAGGGCUUCAGCACAUUCAGCCACACCAUCCGUAUCAUCCUCCCUGCCUCCAUUCGAAACACUGUCAGGGAAUAUUUCAAACACGAUGAAACCAAGACCUGUCCCAUGGCUGAGGCAGAAGCAGUGGAAAAUGAACUUCUUCGGAGCAGGAUGGAGUGGCUCAGGAGCCAGCCACUGGCAGAGGUGACCACGGAGGAGUGUGAUGCAGUUGCAUUUGCAGAAGAGACGUUUGUCUAGAGAGAUGGCUGUGGGAGAACUGAAUAUUUUUUGUGUAUAUGCAGCAGAAAAUAUUCUGUAAGAUAUGAUCAAGGUGUGAAGAAUCUAGUGGGCUGCAUUGGCAAUAAGUGUAAAGUUACUCUAAUGUGUAUGUAAUAUAAUGUUGGGGUUUACAAUUCAUUUUGAUUGGGCUGGGGGGGAGGGCAUCUUGUUUUUCCUUUACAUGCUUUUUAUACUUCAGAGACUUCACCGACUAGGUGUCAAUUGGUCUGAAUGCCACCAGACUCCAUCCCUGAAUUAGCUGAUGUACAGAGUCUGAUCCAUUUCUUUUUAAAGCAGGAAAGGGAAACUCUGCUUUGUUUUCUCCAGUCACCAAUGUGUGUGGAUGACUGGAGAACCAGGACAGCAAAUACUGCAUCAGCAUUAGUUUAAAGAAUUUAAGCUUGCACAAAAUUCUCUACUAUUUGCUGUUCAUUGUUACAUGAACAGUUAGUGCUGGUCAUUCAUCCAAAAGAAGACCCUUCACCCCCAUCCCACAAGUCACUGCUUCCUCUCUCUGCUCAUCUUCCUUUUGUCCCCCCGUGGUUACAAUUUGCGUUCAUUACUGCUUGAGGCAGAAACACCAGAUGGAGCCUAAAGCCCAGCUUUCACUGACAAGGCAUGUGUGAUGUUUAACCCCAAGAUGUUUUUGUUUUUUUCUAAGUUUAUAUUGAUUCUCUCUUGUCAUAGCUCCUCCAAAGCUAGCAUUUGACAGAGCCACAGUUACUAUAAAGGGCAGUAGUUCUGUCACUGCAGAAGGGCUAUGAAUAUUUGUCUUCUAUGGUAUUCUCUGGGAGCAGAUGGUCCUUUCAGUCUCAGUAAAAGGUGACAUUUUUCUGUGAAUGAUGGUGACGUUUCAGACAGCCCUUUCCAGAGGCAGUAUGAAUGGGAAUUCUAAUCAAAUCCCUAGUCAUUCUGAGAAGGACUCAAGCAGUAUUUGGCUUCAGCAUGAAGUUAAGGAGCUGUGGAAGUAGUCAGGAAUGUUGUUAAGUGGAUGCUGCAGCAAAGUCCCAUCUAGCCAGAAAGCUGACAGACACACUAUAGGCUGACUGUCCAGGCUUUGACAGCAUUGAUGCUGUGUUAGAGUAGUAAUGAGAUCCCACUCAUCAAAGUGCAUAGCCCACUGCAGUCCAGCAGAAUUAAAUAUGGAAAAGUCACAGGCAGGGAUGUGUUAAGAAGCCUGUUGUACCACUAAAGAAAUGCAGCCAGUAAACUCCUGGAGCAUCCCCAUGAUUCUACUCAAGACAAUGCUCAGAAUGGCUUUUGCUAUGAUGCGACAGAGGAUUUUGAUGCUGCUAGCUGCACUCUAAAAAAAAGCUAAGAGCACCACAUUAGCUUGACUGGCAUUAAGAAAAUGAUGGGAAAAGUCUCAAAGGUUAAAAUGUUCAGAAUGUUUCAUUUGAAAGUUAUGUGAGAGUUUUCUACAGCAGUUUCUCUCAGAGAGACAGCCCUUUUACUCAGUUACUAGUGAAUGGGUGAAGUACAAGAGAAAUACAUGAAUCUUAGUGAUCAAAUGGCUAUCCUUGUGGAGUAAGUGCCCCAUGCAGGUUGCCAAGUGUAUGCCAUAGCCAUGCCUGGGCUUGCUUGGCAUCAGCUGCGGUUCAGUCCUUGCACAGAGGGGAAAUCACCUUUGUAAAAUGAUCCAGUAAGUAUCUUCCAGGUGUCAGUGACAGUCAGUGCCUGUGAGCUGGCCCAGCACUCGAAGUUCACACCCCAUUCCUGUAGGGAUGGGGGGAGCCCCAAGUCUACUUUACCAGGUGUAUAGAAAACGAUUUGUCAUGUUCAGAGUGUUUAACUCUCAGAUGUGGCAUUCUUUGUCCCAGCUCACCUUGGUGGCCCUUAUAUGAUGAAUGGUAUAUCUAAUUGUAGUACAAACCAUCUGCCAUCAUUUUCCGCACACACAAACACUACAGAGGCAUUCAGUUUUUUUUUCCAGAGCUACGGUUGCAACUAUUUCAAUAAAACGAGACACAG